GGAGAUUGAUGUUCAUGCGGAACCAGAUUGUUGUCUAAUAUGAAGGCUACUCCUCCUAAACCUAGUGACGCGGAGGAUGAAAAUAAGAGUGAUGAAGGUGAUGAUAAGAUACUCAAUGAAAUGGAGGAGCUGACGUACGCUAUGGAACGCAAGAAGAAAUGUGCAAAGAAACUUGUUGCGAAAAGACAAGCUAAGAUAGAUGCAUCGGAAGAUGAUUAUGUUGACGACGAGUUGUGUUCUCAGCAGCGAAAGCGUUCUAAGAAGGCAUUCGAUGAAAAGAAGCUGUAUAAGGGUGACGAUGCUGUUGAAUUAGAUCAUGAUUCUGACAGAGAAAUGGCUCCUAGUGAAGCGAAUCCCGUAGUGAUCUCUCUUCAAGAGGAGGAAGCACAAACACAAGAACAGGUUACACGGCAGUGGUUUAGUCAGGAUAUCUUUGCUGAAGCCGCAAAAUAUGAAAACAUAUGGGGGGAAAUGGAGAGUGAAAAUGAAAUGGAAGUAGACAGAAACAAGAAUAUGUCAGUGCAUUCCAACAAUUCCGAGCUCCCUAAAACCCAAAGGUUGCACAGGCUAAAGCUCAAAAGAAGCGGGUUGCUUUGA